AUAGAGAGCAUGCCCUUCAUCGAGGCCUUCCGGCAAUUCCAGUUCAAAGUCAAAAGAGAGAACUUCUGCAAUAUCCAUGUCAGUCUCGUCCCCCAGCCAAGUUCAACAGGGGAACAGAAGAGGAAACCCACUCAGAAUAGUGUUCGAGAACUUAGAGGGCUUGGGCUUUCCCCAGACCUGGUGGUGUGCAGGUGUUCAAACCCUCUCGACACAGACGUGAAGGAGAAAAUAUCCAUGUUCUGCCACGUUGAGCCUGAACAGGUCAUCUGCGUCCAUGAUGUGUCCUCCAUCUACCGUGUCCCACUGCUACUAGAAGAGCAGGGGGUUGUGGAUUAUUUUCUCCGAAGACUGGAUCUUCCAAUUGAGAGGCAGCCCCGAAAAAUGCUGAUGAAGUGGAAGGAGAUGGCUGACAGAUACGACCGCUUGCUGGAGACCUGCUCCAUUGCCCUUGUGGGCAAAUACACCAAGUUCUCCGGCUCCGAUGCCUCUGUCAUUAAUGCGCUGGAGCCCUCGGCACUGGCUAUCAACCACAAACUGGAGAUCAAGUACAUAGACUCCACAGACCUGGAGCCGAGCACGCUGCAGGAAGAGCCCGUCCGCUACCACGAAGCCUGGCAGAAGCUCUGCAGUGCGCACGGAGCGCUGGUUCCUGGAGGGUUCGGUGUUCAAGGAACGAAGGAAGGGAAGAUCCAGGCCAUCGGCUGGGCUUGCAAACAGAAAAAGCCUUUUCUGGGUGUGUGCUUAGGAAUGCAGCUGGCAGUGGUCGAAUUCUCCAGAAACGUGCUGGGAUGGCAAGAUGCCAAUUCUACAGAGUUUGAUCCCAAGACCAGUCACCCCGUGGUCAUAGACAUGCCAGAGCACAACCCUGGGCAGAUGGGCGGGACCAUGCGGCUGGGCAAGAGGAGAACCCUGUUCCAGACCAAGCACUUGGUCAUGAGAAAGCUCUACGGGGACCCAGAGUUCCUGGAGGAGAGACACCGCCACAGGUUUGUGGUCAAUCCAAUUUUGAAAAAGUGCCUGGAGGAGCAAGGCCUCAAGUUUGUUGGCCAGGACAUUGAAGGAGAGUCGAUGGAGAUUGUGGAGCAGGAAGAUCACCCUUUUUUUGUGGGGGUCCAGUACCACCCCGAAUGCCUGUCCAGGCCCAUCAAGCCUUCCCCACCCUACUUUGGCCUCCUCCUGGCCUCUGUUGGGAGGCUCCCACAUUACCUCCAGAAGGGCUGCCGGCUCUCGCCCAGGGACACCUACAGUGACCAAAGUGGAAGCAGCUCCCGACUCUGA